GCUAUGUAGUUACGUAAAAAUUGCGUUAGUGUGCGUUGUAAUCUUUUCGGAAUAUUUUAGUUGUGUGUGUUUAUAAUUAAAAUGGCGAUCUGAGCAGUGUAUUGCCGAACUUGAUAAUUUUCUUAAAAAAUACCGUGAGAUAAUUUGAAGACUUUACAUUUUAUGUGAUUUCAGUAGAAUUUAUUUAAAAAAUGCGUUCCGUUGUCGAAAUUGGGGCAAGUGUCCCUGCGUUUCUUGGGAAACUGUGGAAAUUGGUUAAUGAUUCUGAAACAAAUCAAUUGAUAUCUUGGAGUCCGGGUGGAAAGACGUUUGUCAUAAAAAAUCAGGCAGAUUUUGCUAGAGAACUUUUACCACUGUACUACAAACACAACAAUAUGGCAAGUUUUAUAAGACAACUUAACAUGUAUGGAUUUCAUAAAAUAACAUCUGUUGAAAAUGGCGGCUUGAGAUAUGAAAAAGACGAAAUAGAGUUUUCGCAUCCCUGUUUUAUGAAAGGACAUGCAUAUUUGUUGGAACAUAUUAAAAGAAAAAUUGCAAUUCCAAAAUCUGUUGUAACAAGCAAUGAAAGUGGUGAAAAAAUUUUGUUAAAGCCUGAGCUUAUGAAUAAAGUUUUAGCUGAUGUGAAACAAAUGAAAGGAAAACAAGAAAGCCUCGAUGCCAAAUUUAGUGCAAUGAAACAAGAGAAUGAAGCACUAUGGAGAGAAGUCGCUAUUUUGCGGCAGAAGCAUAUCAAACAACAGCAAAUAGUGAACAAUCUCAUUCAAUUUUUGAUGUCAUUGGUGCAACCAGCAAGACCCCCUAAUACUAACGGCAAUAAUGUUGGAGUCAAGAGACCAUAUCAGUUGAUGAUAAAUAAUGCCGCUCAUAAUUCUGCCACUGAAAGCUCUUAUCCAGGAAGAUUAAAAAAUAUUAAGCUAGACAAGGAUCCUUUAUUGGAGGAGAUAAGUGAUGAAAAUUUGGAGGAUGGACCUACAAUACAUGAAUUGGCACAUGAUGACAUACUGCAAAAUGAAUCCUCCCAAGAUGCCAUUGACCCUACAUUCUUUGUAGCUACAGAUUUGAAUAAUAUCACUGAUAAUCAAAAUGUAGCAAACCCAUUAUCCAAUAUUCAAUACCAUGUCACCAUGGAAGACGGUGAUGAUAUUGAAUCAGGAGGCAAUAAAAUCGCAUAUCCUGUCAAGAGUAAUAGACUACGAUUCAAUGAGGAUUUGCCAGUAAUUACUUCCCCAUCUCCAACUCAGGGUAAACCUUCAUCACCUUUAAACCAGAGUCCAGCGAUUAAUAAUGUAUUUACGAUUACACCAAGCACUUCAAAGACCAAACCUCGUAUCAAGACUACUAGUUCCAAUACUAGAAGCUUAAUAUCUCCCAGCAGUUUCAACCCGUCUGCUGAUUUUAAGCUUCCAGCUGAAAUAUUUGCAAGUGAUGAUUCUGUAAGUGAUGUGGGGAUACUGACUGCUGAGGAAACAGGAAUAGAAAAUAUACUUCAGGAUGUUGAUGAGGACCCAAUGGUAUCUUCAACUAAAGACAAAAUGUUGGGUGGUAUUAACAUAAAAGUAGAAAAAGUAAAUGAAGGACUUAAACCUUCCAAAAAGUCUAAGAAGUCCAAUAAAGACGACACACAGAACAUUAACUUAGCGGCAAUCAAGACUGAGCUUCAAGAUGAUUUUGAUUGGAACAAUAUGACUCUUGCAACAGUGAACAAUAAUACGAACAACAAAAUAAACAGAUUCCAAACAAGGAAUAGGAGAGAUAACAUCAGCAAAAAUUGGGAAGAAUACUCUUCUCAUUUUGGAACAAAUUCUAACAAGAAUGACCUUGACGAUCAUUUAGACGCAAUGCAAUCGGACCUUGAAUCGUUAAGAGAACUACUGCGAAGCGACAGUUAUGCUUUGGAUACUAAUACUUUAAUGGGGACGGCCGAACAAAAUGAUGUACGAGAUGAAAUCAAUAGGUUCCGUUUUCACCCUUUCGAGUUAUUCGGAUCGGACGAUCCAUUUUACGGCUUAUCGUACAACCCCGCCGACGAAAGGGCGAAAACAUCUAACAAUGUUGAUACAACCAAACAGUAUCCGAUGAUUGAUUUUGAUUGGCUGAUUGGUAACAGCGAAGCCUCACCAGCAAAAUAGAAAGCUGGCUUUCUUCAUUGUCAAGAUGUUUGCACUGGUGUGCACGUCCAGUACUCGUUCUCGUCAUGUGUUGGAUGUACUCGGUAAAGGGUUAAGGAUAGUCAUGCGAAGAGGUUACCUAAUGGUGUUGCAGCAAAAGUGACAUUGUAAAUCUAUGUUCGGUAAUUGUUGGCGAAUAACAACGGAUGGGGUAGUCGACUAGCGGCGUGUUUAUUAUUAAAGUAUCAUAGACUUAGUGAUGAUAAAAAUAGAAUGAACUUAGAAAAUAAAUUUGUGGUACAAGUUAUUCAAUUUUACCGUAAGGAUUAAAUGGAUACUAAAAUUGUUAUUAAAAUGAAACAAAAACACAAUACGAAGCAACUACACGGUGAUCACGUUUGUUGCGACAUUUUAUCUGAUUACUUUACCUAAUCUGACAACAAUAAUAGUAUACUUUACCAUAAUAUGUCGUGUAUAAAUUUGUAAUAUUCUGUUAUUAAUUAAAGCAAAGAAGCAGAAAGGUGAUAUAUCGAAUCUGUGCAGUGACGAGAACCGUGCCGAGCAGUUUAUAGAAGACGAUGGUAGUAACCAUAUCUUUUAUAUAACGCUGAUGUAGUAUUUUGAAUAAAUUAUUGCAAUUUUGCACAGUUUACAAGUAGAAAAUGAAUGCCCAGUUUGUACAGCUACAAAAAAUAUCGGCUGCUUUCCUAACCUCUGCUCGUCACUCGCCAAUUGAUAAAGAGAACAAGCACAACUGGCAGUAUUUGUUUAUUUUCAAACUGUUACAAACUAGUAUAUUUACUAUAUACAUUCUAUAUUUUUGGUAAUUUUUUUCACUUUCAACAAUUUUUUUAGAUAAUACUAGCAGUUGUGUAAUUAUUCUGGGUAUUAAGUAGUUUGGAAGUAUAUAUUGUACGUAGUAUAUCGAUAUCACUGAAGUAGCUGAUUAUAAAUUUAUUUAAUUGUAGAUUUCUUGUAAUGAUUGAAAAAAAUACAAAAAUAUAUAUAUAAAGGAGCAUUCUGAUUACCAUUGCUUAGCUAGGCUCCUACUUUAAUGUAGUCUAUUUAAUAUUAAAAUUUAAGUUGAUAUUUAGGUAUAUAUUAUAACAUAGAGUAAAAGUAAAUUGUUACAAAGUGGAUUUAGAACUCCUAUUAGUAAUAAGAUUAUAUUUUGCUCUCAUAUAUUAUUGUGUUGUGGUAUAAAAUCCUUUUACAAUUUUAUCAUAAUGCUUCUAUUACUGCAUGAAUAUUUUAUUUGUUUAUACAAUUAUAUUUUGUCUACAAAUUGAAUGACUUAGGAUUUAAGUUCAGUUUGCGGCUUUUUUUUUUUAAAUUCAUUAUUACAUUGUAUUUCCCCUUAUGUGGAUUUUGUUUAUUUGCGAUCUAUAUAAUGUUAUAUCUGCUGCUCGAGCUAUACACAGCUUGCAAUGAGUUAAUUUUCAUCUGCAAUACCAUUGCAGUUUAUUAUAAGACAAGAAGCUUCACAGAAGACAUCACCGAUACAAUUCCUAUUAUUUAAUUAAACAUUUUGGGAACGUUUCAGUUGAAGGGAAUCAGCUUAUCUCGUAUACAGGAAAUAUUCCAGACUUUGAGGAUAUAAAUAUGCCAGAUUUAGAGAGUGAAAACUCUCAGGAAGGUUGUUUAUCACCUGAAGUCAGCAGCUCGACGCUCAAUACUCCUCAGGUGCAGGUCAGAUCACCUUCCUUUAAUCUCAAACCAUGAAGCAAGGUUAACUGGAAACACCUCAUGAGAAGCGGUCUUCAAAAAAGUGACACAAUGUCAAUUAUGAACUAAAGUAUAAUAGUGAUGAGUGUGUUGAAAAUAACGGACUAAUAACAUGGGUAUGUGGGAAAAUGUUCAAGACUGUUCUCAAUGUAUUAUGGGUAUAUCUUGUAAUAUUUUACCAAUACAGCAUCUUAUAUUAUUAUUGCUUAAACGGGAAACGUUUUAGCAGUUUUGUAUUGUAUUACAUAGUUUUUCUGUUUGAUAGAAUUGCGAUUUCUCUUUAAUCAGCUAAUGAAUUAGUAUUGUAGUGUGUACGUACUGCGUAAUAACGUGAUAACUCUCAAUAAAUUGCUGCUUUGGUGCCUUAAAAUAAAGAUUAUAUAAUAUCAAACUUUAUAUGAGUAGUCUGUAGAAAUAUAAAAAUAUGUCAAGUUUACAAUAUCCAGUAGCAAUGUGUACAUUUUGUAUUAUAAUAUGUAACUAUGUAAAGCUUUUGUAUUCAUAGCGUUUGACAAAACAGCAAAACUUCAGUGUGUAGAUAAGGAUUAACUUUAGUAGCAAUUUCACUUAUACAAAUUUGUACAUAUGUAUCCAUAGUGUAAAUUAACUGCGCGGUAAGAUUGCCUCGUAUUUGAAAGUCGACAGCUGCAAAGCUUCACAAAAAGAACUGAUGAUUGUUGUUCGAUGUCUAAAGAAUUAUUUUUGUUUGUUAUACAAUUGUGAUUUAUUUUAGUUUUUUUUUGCAGUAUGACUGCCGAUUUGUUUAAAAAAGUACCAUUCGCAUAAAUAUAUUUAUAUACAAAAUAAUGUAUUUAGUUAGCAUACCAGGGUUUGUAUGUGCGAUGAUGGUAAAUAUUAAUAAAAAACCCAAAAUGUAAUUUGGCACAGGAAAAUAUUUUUUUGUUGUUAAAAUGAAACUGAAUGUUAUCAAAUGUGUAUUUAUUAUAAAUACGUUUUAAACGUUCAUAACCUGCACUGCCUAUACGUUGUAUGAAAUCAGUAAAAGUAUUAUGUGCAUUUUUAUUCACCCCAUGCUCGUUAAGAGCUUCUCCUUUUUCAAAGGCAGUAAUAAUAAUUUAUGUGGUGAUUUUCAUCCAAGCACAUCAUUGAUCAAUCUGGUCUCGAACCCAAAGUUAAUUUUAAUACAUGUUUUUCAAGCUAUUAAAUAUUUUUAUAUUAACAUUGCAUUAUAACCUAAAUAAAUGUGCUAUUCCAGAUUUAGUCCAUGAAAAAUUUAUUUCUAUGCAAAUCUGUUAUGUUUAGACCCUGAUUAUCUACAUUUGUUAUUGUGAUGAUGAUUACUAUUUUACAACUCGCGUAUAAAAAUUAAGACUAAAAUAAAAUUUGUCUAUAGGAACAAAGUAAGAUAACAUAAGCUAUCCUUAAGAAAUAUAUCUUAUAUCAUUAUUGAUAAGUUAUUUUUAAAUUGAAUGUAAUAUGAGUAUUAAAAAAAAACAUUUUA